CUCAAAACGAAAUUAACUAUGUUAUCUUUCCAGGGCUGCCAAUUUCAUCUUUGUCUCGCCAGCCCAACUAGGCCUUUCCACAGCCCAGUACCUGAACAGAGCACUGCCACUCAUGCUAAAUUCUCACUGUUACAUCCCGAGCUCAGAAGACGCGGUUUCAACUAUGCACUAUUGCAUCUCACGCUACUGCCCCACAAUGUCGAUGUUACGUUUAACCCGCUAUUUCUAUAGAACGGCGACUUUAAGUCAAGGGCGUUUCGGUCCGAUGUAGCUUGGCCCAAGUAUAUAAGAAAUGGUAUAAGACAGAUCGGUCUGGCUACGGGAAACAGCGCUCCUCACACGCCAGAGCCUGUUUUCUUUAAUACAUAUAGGACCGCAAAGAUGUACUCCUCCUACACCACGGUUAUUGCUGCGGCGCUUAUUUUCGCUGGCGCAUCGCCAGCGAUUGCCCAACAAGUUGUCAGCGACGCUCAAUGCGACUGUUAUCUCUCCGACGGCCGCUUCCCAACAUACUUUAAGAAUCACGGGUUUUGGGACUUUCGGUCUCUAGGCCAGUAUGCCAAGGUACCCCCUGUUAUCCAGACUUUAGACGGCAAUAAAAAGGCCGAUUUCACCUCACCCGUGUUCAACUGGGACUCAGACUUUGCCAAGUUCUGGGGCCCCCAGCACUGGGCCAAGAAUGAAGAUACCACCUUCCCCAUGGUCAACUCGUUCAACAACCUGUAUAUCGAGAAGAACAACAAUGGUGACAGCGACACAUUCAUGACGAUGCGCACAUCGAGGCUACCCGCGUUCCAAACGGCUGCGGAAUUCGAGUCGCAGAGUCCUCUUGACCAUGCCUCUAUCCGCAUGCUGGCCAAGACGCACGGGUCAUCUGGUGCCUGUACCUCUGUUUUCACAUACAAGGGCGCCAACCAACCCAAGGAUGUCCAAGAGUGCGAUAUUGAGAUGCUGACACGCGACGAUGCUCACUACAUCCACUACACAAACCAGCCAGGCGUACUGAACGGCGAUGUCGUCCCGGGCGCAAGUCGCAACGUCACUCUUCCCAACGGUCUGCGAUGGUCCGACUGGGUCAAGCACCGCCUUGACUGGACGCCAGGUCGCACUACAUGGAGUGCAAAUGGCGCCGAGGUGGCUUCUCAGACCUUCCAGGCGCCGCGAGACCCUAGCAUUGUGCUGCUCAACGCGUGGAGUGAUGGCGGAGAAUGGACGGAUAAGAUGCCUGAGGGUGGUGAGGCGUACCAAAACGUUCAGUGGAUCGAGAUCUUGUAUAAUGUCGCAGAUAAGGCUUCGUGCAACAAGGUGUGCAGCGUGGACAAGAGCCCUGUGGUGGGCAAGCCCGUUUUGCUCUAGUGCAGCCAGCCUCGGUCACGAGAGCUGCGAUUUCUAGUAAGCUCAAUUAUCCACAUAUAACGUAUAUAGUUUAUAUGUAUAUAGUACAUGUGUAUAUAUUUCAUGGCGUUUCUUAGGUUCCUUUGCU